AUGUCUAGCUUGUUAGCAUCUCAGUUUCAUAGGCUAAGUCUACGUCUCAGUAGAAGAUGUUUCAGUCACACAUCUAUCGCUUGUGAAGAGAUAAUUGUCACGACAUCGUCCACUAGCACAACCACCACCACCACCACAUCGAGCGACAAUGUCACUUUUGACCAACAACUAACACGCAGCAACAAAGGACCCUCUACGACUCGGAAUUACCCCCCUUAUCAAGUCACUGAGAACUUGACCAUGCCUGAACUAAAUAGAAUACGCACGACUCCAACCUUGAUGACUUUCUACGGAGGGAACCCCAUUCACGAAAACAACAUGAAUCAUUUGAGACUGUUAUUGCGUAAAUACCAAUACUUGCCAACUAAGUCAUUGAGCGAUGAGGAAUUGCAAGUCCGCAAGUUUUUGGGGUACGAAGCGUACAAGGAGCGCACACAAUCUGGAACUCGAGUUAAAAAGAUUCAUUAUCGCGAUUUGAUAUCAAGUUUGAAUCGGUUACGAGUUAUUGAUUCGCAAUUGAUGCCGGUUGAAGUGAUUGACACUUUGGAGAACUACUACUCUACUUCGGUUAACAAGACGGCGUUGAGCAAGAAGUUGAAACUGUUGGAUGAGUUUGGUAGGGCUCAGUCUCAAGCCAAGAGAAAAGCUGCAUUGGCUAAGAUCUACCUUGUUAGGGGCGAAGGUUCAAUUAUGAUCAAUGGUAAGAGUGCCGUUGAGUACUUUACCAAUGUCUAUGCGAGAAAGAAUUUGGUGUACCCUUUCCAAGUCGUUGGACAAGAAGGUCAAUACAAUGUGUUUGCUGAAGUGAGUGGCGGUGGGUACACGGGUCAAAGUGAGGCUGUCAUGUACGCUAUAGCUAAGGCGCUUGUGGUGUUUAACCCUUUGUUGAAACCCAGGUUGUCCAAAGCUGGAUUGAUGACUAGUGAUGCGAGAGUCGUUGAAAGGAAGAAGCCUGGUAAGGUUAAAGCUAGAAAGUCGCCUACCUGGGUCAAACGUUAG